AUUUUGAAGUACAACAUCAAAGAAACCGAAUUCAGGCGAUAGGACGGUAUCGAGCGCUGCGUCUUUUCAUACGUGUCAUCCACGUCAUCAUCAGACUCCAGAGAACACGGAGUUUGGACUCGCCAAGGAAGCAAUCACUUCUUCGAUACGAAGAGCGGAGGCGCAACCCUUAACAUCGAGCGGCUUCCGCCUGCGACGAGAGGAGCGAAGGCAGAGAUGGUGGGAAGGAAACUGGUUCUGUUCUUGCUCUGCAUCUCCGUCGUCGCGCCCAUUGUUCUCUACACCGAUCCGCUCGCCACCCAGCCUAGCUACCUCGCAGAUAUCCAUCUCGGUGACGAGAUCCCAACUUUGAAGUCCGUCGAUGCGGUUCGAGAACCAAGUGGGAUCGUCUACCCUGAAAACUCUACCAAUCCCGAUCAGAUCUCGGUUCAUGACAGCGGUAGAGCGGUUGCAUCUAAUACAACCACGUUGCCUUCGGGCAAGAAUGGUGACCGCAAGAACCGAGUUCUAUCACAAGACAACAACCAGACGGCUCCGUCAGAGACGGAUGAUGGUGCUGUGAUUAGGCAAGUGACUAGCAGAGAAACAAGCGAAGGGGCUACGGCGAUGGAGUCACAGACCGUGCUUCCAACCCAAUCUCGAAAUCAGCAGAAACCAGGAAAAAGAUCGAAAAGGGAUUCAGGUCGUAUGCCGGAUGCUAAAAUCCAGCAAUUUAGAGACCAGUUGAUGAAGGCAAAGGUGUCUCUUGGUCUUUCGUCUUCCAAGAGCAACCCAGAAUUCAUCAGGGAGCUCAAAGAACGAGUGAAGGAUGUUGAGCGCACGCUUGCUUAUGCAACCGAGGACACAGAAUUGCCAAUCAAUGCUCAGGAGAAACUGGAGGCGAUGGAGCAAACUUUGGCCAAAGGGAAGCAAACUCAACAGGACUGCUGUGCCGUCGUCAAGAAACUCCGACGUUUUUAUCUCUCUGCAGAGGAACAAUUGCGUGUUCAUAAGAAGCGGGAGUUGUUCCUCACGCAAGUAGCUGCUAAAACCCUCCCCAGAGGUCUCCAUUGCCUCUCGCUGCGUCUCACCACCGACUACUACUCGCUCGACUCGUGCCAGCAGCAGUUGCCGAACCGAGACAAACUCGAAAACCCUCGACUCUAUCAUUAUGCGCUCUUCUCUGAUAACGUGUUGGCCACCGCAGUCGUUGUGAACUCCACAGUGUUCCAUGCCAAGGACCCUCAGAGCCAUGUAUUCCACAUUGUCACCGAUAAGCUCAACUAUGCAGCCAUGAAGAUGUGGUUCUUGGCAAACCCACCGGCGAAGGCUACGGUUCAGGUUCAGAAUGUCGAAGAGUUUACAUGGCUGAACUCGAGCUACAGCCCGGUCCUAAAGCAGCUCGCAUCUCGAUCCAUGAUAGAUUACUACUUCCGGUCCCAACAUGCGAAGUCUGACCAGAACUUGAAGUUCCGAAACCCCAAGUACCUGUCUAUUAUGAAUCAUCUGCGGUUUUAUCUGCCGGAGAUCUUCCCAAAGCUCAACAAGGUAGUAUUUUUGGACGACGAUGUGGUGGUGCAGAAGGACCUCACCCCCCUUUGGGCCAUUGAUCUAAAGGGAAAGGUUAAUGGUGCCGUCGAAACAUGCGGUGAGAGUUUUCAUAGGUUCGAUAGGUAUCUCAACUUCUCGAAUCCCCUCAUUGCCGAAACCUUCGACCCGCAUGCUUGCGGAUGGGCAUACGGAAUGAAUGUUUUCGAUUUGGACGAGUGGAAGAAGCAGAACAUUACUGAUGUCUAUCACCAUUGGCAGAAUCUGAACGAUGACAGACAGUUAUGGAAAUUGGGUACCCUUCCGGCUGGAUUAAUUACAUUUUGGAACAGCACGUAUCCCCUGGAACGCUCAUGGCAUGUAUUGGGACUCGGAUACAGCCUGAAUGUGGAGCAGAAAGAUGUCGAGGCGGCGGCCGUCAUACACUACAAUGGAAACCUGAAGCCUUGGCUGGAAAUAGGCAUGACUAAGUAUCGCAACUUCUGGUCUAAUUAUGUGGACUAUAACCAGGCUUAUCUAAGAGACUGCAACAUCAAUCCUUAG